AAGUGACCGGAGCCGGAUGCGAGUCUCAGCAGACAUCCGUCCCGACCGCCAACUUCCGUCCGCCGCUUGUGCUGUGCUUCAGUCCGCUGUCCGCCAUUUCUGUGUGCCGAACUCAAAGUGACGCCGGACGCCAUUGCUUGUAGUUGUUUUCUCAAGGCAUCAAAACGAAGCCCCCAAGUACAAUGGCUGACAAUGACGAUCUUCUCGACUACGAAGAUGAGGAGCAGCCGGAACAGGCGGUUGUUGAUGGGUCUGGUGACACAGGAGCCAAGAAGGAGGUGAAGGGUACUUAUGUAUCCAUUCACAGCUCUGGAUUCCGGGACUUCUUGCUCAAGCCAGAAAUUCUUCGUGCCAUUGUUGAUUGUGGUUUUGAACAUCCCUCAGAAGUUCAACAUGAAUGCAUUCCCCAAGCAGUGCUUGGCAUGGACAUUCUGUGCCAAGCUAAGUCUGGUAUGGGUAAAACUGCUGUAUUUGUGUUGGCUACGCUUCAGCAGUUGGAGCCAACUGAAAACCAAGUAUAUGUGUUGGUCAUGUGCCACACCCGUGAAUUGGCAUUCCAGAUCAGUAAAGAAUAUGAACGUUUCUCCAAGUACAUGUCUCAGGUCAAGGUGAGCGUGUUCUUUGGAGGCUUACCCAUCCAAAAAGAUGAAGAGGUCUUGAAGAACAACUGCCCCCACAUUGUUGUGGGUACCCCUGGUCGUAUUUUGGCGCUGGUCCGCAAUAAGAAGUUGAACCUGAAAAACCUCAAGCAUUUCAUCCUUGAUGAAUGUGACAAGAUGCUUGAAUUGCUUGACAUGAGGAAGGAUGUCCAGGAAAUCUUCCGCAGCACUCCACACAGCAAACAAGUGAUGAUGUUCAGCGCCACGUUGAGCAAGGAUAUCCGGCCAGUCUGCAAAAAGUUCAUGCAAGAUCCCAUGGAGGUAUAUGUUGAUGAUGAAACCAAGUUGACUCUCCACGGACUUCAGCAGCAUUACGUCAAGUUAAAUGAAAACGAGAAAAAUAAAAAGCUUUUUGAACUUUUGGAUAUUCUGGAGUUUAACCAGGUCGUCAUAUUUGUGAAAUCUGUCCAGCGGUGUAUGGCAUUGGCGCAGCUACUUACAGAGCAGAACUUCCCAGCUAUUGCUAUUCACAGAAGUACCACCCAAGAAGAGAGAUUAUCACGAUACCAACAGUUCAAGGAUUUCCAAAAGCGUAUUCUUGUCGCGACAAAUCUCUUUGGCAGAGGCAUGGACAUUGAGAGAGUGAACAUUGUAUUUAACUAUGACAUGCCAGAAGAUUCUGAUACCUAUUUGCACAGAGUAGCCAGAGCUGGCAGAUUCGGUACCAAGGGUCUAGCCAUCACAUUCGUUAGUGAUGAAAAUGAUGCAAAGAUCCUCAAUGAGGUGCAGGAUCGUUUUGAUGUCAACAUCACUGAAUUACCUGAUGAGAUUGACCUCUCCUCCUACAUUGAAGGACGGUAAUCAAGUGUAAAGAUUUUGUUUCAACAUCUUGUGAUUGGUGUGUCACAAGAAACGCAUAAAUUUUAAGCACUCCACAUAGUGGUUGUUAGUUGACAUCAUUUUAACCAGCACGUCCACUUGAUUCAUUUCAUAUGUCAUUAAUUCAUCAAGUCAUCAUAAAGCUGUACAGACUGUCUGUAUCA